AUGUCCUGGAGUGCUGCUGAAUUGCCCUGGGAAGAUGGUGGCUGGGAUUGUGCUGCCACUAACAAAUAUUUCACUAGACCUGCCACUGGCUCCUUCAUGGAGCAGGUUAUAGGCCAGAACAAUUGUUCGGAAUACAUUAAGUCAAACCAUAAUGCUUUUCUGAAGACAGAAGCCAGUACUACACCUGCUCUGAUGCUACAGUGUCAGCAAUUGAAAGGUGAAGAAGAUUUUUCUACUAGAAGUUUUGACACACUAGAAAGUGUUGGCAUGACCUCUGCUGAGACAGGAAAUUUCUCAACAGCUUUCAGUGCUCAGAGUAAUGAAACCUCAGUUGAAAAGCACUCUCUUCCAGGAUGCCUCUCACUAACUCAUGCUGACCAAGAAGACACAGCAUCAGUUUCAAGAAUCUCUGAACUUCUUAAGGUUACUGAAGAACCUCAAGCACAAAUUUUAAAACAUGAUCUAGAGAUACCACCUGAAGCCAAAAUCACAUCCAUACCACUUUCAUCUUUCCCACCUAAAAUGCAGCAAGUAAUGUCAUCCAGAGCUAAAAAUGUCUCUGAAAUAAGGCAAGCUACAGAAAUACCAACUGUAACUUACAUAUGGCCAGUAAUAAAGGUGGAACAGGUUUCCAGCCCCUUUUGGGACAAUUUUCGAAAGUCUUCAAUACCAACCAGCCCAAACUUAAAAAGACACUGUUCCAGUCCUGAUGUACUAGUUGAAGAUGUGAAGUGUUCCCAGAUAACACCAGUGAAAAAGCUUGAACAAGAAGAACCAGACAGAAAGUCAGAAAGAUCAUAUCCUCUUAUUUUAAAGUCAUCUAACAGUGUUGUUUCGGGAAUUUUAAAAUCACUGGUCAAUAUCAAGAAUAAGGAUUAUAAGAAUAUGGUACCACUUUCAUCUACCAGUCCUAUUGGAAAGCAACUGGAAAUUCCUCUCUUUAAGGGAAAUGCUGUAGUGAUAUAUGAUGGGCAAGUCUACAUUCUGUAUGUAAUGACGCAUGAAGAUCUGACAUCAGAAAUGAAAAUACAUGGCUGUGUUGCAUUGCUUAGGCAGACCACAGUUUGGCUCAUUCCAUGUAGUGCUAUCCAUGAUAGCACGAUCAAAGUUCCACAUCCACUGCAGUCUAGAGCUCAUGCUGUAAAACAGAACAUAAACCCUCUUACAACCCUUGCUCCCGCCGCACCGCAAGAUAAAACUUCAAAUUUCCUCAACAAGACUGCAUUCCCAUCCAAAGAAGUCUUGCAAAAAAGAAAAGGGAAAGCAGCACAUUGCGAAAAAGACAAUGAACUAAGAAAGAAAUUUGGUAUUGUUAAAGAUGUAAGAGUCCCUCUCAACAGGAUAUGUCUCCCUGAAUUUAUAGAGGAUUUUGGUAAAUCCUCAGUGCGUGAAUGGAACGCAAUCACCAGGACAAAGAAAUGGGAAAAAAGUGCCAAGGUAUGCCAAGGCUGUCAAUAUACAAAUAUAAUCCAUGCCUCAUCUUGAAGUGGUGAUGACACAUCAUUAUCCCACUUUUCAAGAUUUUUGAGUGUUUAAGCCCCCAUCAUAAAACAUUCUCUAUUUGAGAACCUUGCAAUGUUUAUAAAGAAUUACAGUGCUGAUCUUUUCUGUAUCAGGGCUAUUGACAGAGUCAGGAAACUGACUUUCUGUGAUAAAGCUCUUAAGAUUGUUUCAGCAGCCAAACUGGACAUAGGGUUUCCAUCAACCUAUAUCGUUUCAAUAUACCUUUAUUCAAGUUCUUAUUCUGCAGAUAAAUUAGUAAUCAAUAAUAAAUUAGCAUUUCUCCCAGAUCUGUCUAUUAUCUCUUGUUCAGCCUGUAGCAUUAAACUUUCAUUUCUGUCAAUUGAAUUUUAAACCAGUAUCACCCAGCCUUUCAAAUGGUCUACUUUUGUUGUCCCUGAAUGGGAACAUCAUUGAUGUACCCUCAGCAUUCAUGAAAAUUUACUAUAUCUUUUUGAGGCCAGGUAAAGCAAAACUUUCCAAAGAAAGUUUUCUGCCAGAACCUGAAUGAAACAUGCAUUUUAAGAAAAUUUGUGUUGGCUGUCAUUUUUUCCUAAAAUUUCUUUCCCACUAUACAUGCCAACUCAGAUUCUUAGGAUAAUCAAAUUUUGAUGGUGUUUUUCCAUCUAUCUACAUUAUAAUUUCUCAACAUGUGUCCUGAAAAUCAAAUAGGAUCAAAUACCUAAUGAAAUAUUUCAUAUUUGGAUUUAUUCUACAGUUGUUUUACACAGAUGCUCCCACUUACUAGGCUUCUAUUGAAAACUUUCAGUUACCAACAGCGUUAUUAGUAGAUCUCAUUAACCUUAAUUGUUAGUGUGACUGCCUUUUCAGUAUUU